AUGAGUCUUGCCAUUUAUUAUUUUUUAUGCAUCAUCACAGGUGGAGCGUACCUACUGCUUUGUCGCUGGUAUAUUCAACUGGAAGUCAAGACUCGAACUCGAUCCUGCAUACUGCAACAGGCAUCGCAUGUUUAUUUGAUCAACCAUUGGGGUGAACAGUCAUUAGAACCAGUCAGAAAAGCCACGUUCGCGGGAAAAUUAUCCAGUGCAUUUCCACAACAUUUCGAUCCGUCCCUUCCAGUCUCUCAGAUCCCACAAGAUAUAUUACUUUCUUAUCUCAUGUACUUUGAGUAUCGUUAUUUCAAGUUCAUUCUUGACCCUGUCUCUGGAAAAUUUUUGCCCAAUUAUAUCUGGCGAGAUCCCAAAUGGCAAUCAGUAAAUUAUAUUACAAGCAAUAGGGAUUCAAACCUAGAAAUUUCCCGCAAAGUCACCUUGUUUGGAUCUAAUACCAUCAAUAUCAAGGAAAAGUCGACAUUUCGACUGUUAGUGGAUGAAGUCCUGCAUCCGUUUUUUGUGUUUCAAAUUGCAAGUAUUAUUCUAUGGUGUUUGGAUUCCUAUUACCAAUACGCCAUCUGUAUUUUGAUCAUCACCACAACUUCUGCUCUUGCUACAUUGAUUGACACCAAGGGUAUGCUGCGUCGUAUUCGUGAACUCAGCCGCUUUUCCUGCCAAGUUCGGUACUGGCGCGAUGGGGCUUGGUCCUAUGGCAGAUCCGAAGAACUUGUUCCAGGCGACUUGUUUGAGUUGGAAUCGGGUCAGAUUCCAAUUGUUCCAUGCGAUGCCAUCUUGCUUGUUGGGGAUUGCAUUGUCAAUGAGAGUAUGCUCACUGGUGAAAGUCUGCCUGUUUCAAAAUCUCCUGCUACGGAUCAAGAUAUUUGUGCAAUCAACUUUGAAGAAGAAGAACCUUCUAGCAGUAGUCGCAUGUCUCGUUUCUUUUUGUUUUCAGGAACAGAGAUGAUUCGUGUACGUCCAGGUAUUACCAGAUCUGACCAUCCACUUGCUACCCGCCGUGGUGCUGUUGCUGUUGUUGUGCGUACUGGAUUCAAUACUACCAAAGGUAGUCUUGUUCGAUCCAUCUUGUUUCCACGGCCCAACAAAUUCAAGUUUUACCAAGAUUCAUUUCGGUUUAUUGGAGUGUUGGCCAUAAUUUCUGGACUUGGAUUUACUUCAUCACUUUACUUUUUUAUCCAACUUGGCAUGCCUUGGACAACUAUUAUGCUUCGCGCACUAGAUCUAAUCACCAUUGUUGUGCCACCAGCAUUGCCAGCAACGCUUGCCAUUGGAACGAGCUUUGCCAUGAGUAGGCUACGUCAGACAAAUAUCUUUUGUACCAGUCCACCCAGAGUCAAUAUCUGUGGCAAGAUCAAUGUCAUGUGCUUUGAUAAAACAGGAACUUUGACUCAGGAAGGCUUGGAUGUUUUGGGAAUAAGAUUUACAUCGCCGUGUGUUUCUUUAUUUUCUCCGCGUGAAUUGGCAAUGGGAGGUGUAACCACAAUUGAAUCCGAGCAUACUUAUCCACUGAUUGUGUGUGCCAUGGCAACGUGUCACUCUAUCAAGGUUGUCAAAGGAGCAUUGGUGGGCGAUCCACUUGAUUUACGCAUGUUUGAUUUUACUGGAUGGCAUCUUGAAGAAGACGCAAACACACAACCAAGCGGAUUUUUCCGACGAAGAUUGAGCCGAACUCAUUCAAUUGGUUCUGGACAGUCUCAUCACGCAGCCGCCAUGAUGGUAGUGCGACCAUCAUGGGUUCCUGAUUUUGACACUGUAGUGAAUGGAUCGCGAUAUGGAGGAAGAGUAGGUUCAGAGGAAGUCUUUACAGAGCUAGGUGUUGUGCGUGAAUUUGAAUUUAUAAGUCGCUUGCGACGUAUGAGUGUCAUUGUUCGUCAAAUGCGGUACUGGAGCAGCAUGUACUCACCUGGCUUAGCCGACUCCGCGACAACUCCUUCAUCCGUUGCGUCCAAGGAUAUGAAAGUAUUUGUCAAGGGUGCACCAGAGGUUAUGCGAUCAAUUUGUAUUUCAUCGUCACUUCCACCUGAUUUUGACGAACAGUUGCGUAAUUACACUCAUCAUGGCUACAGAGUCAUUGCUUGUGCAUGGCGCAAACUUGAGAGUAUGACGUGGUCUAACAUGAUGAAACUGAAACGAUCAGCAGUAGAAUGUGAUUUGCAUUUUCUUGGGUUCAUUGUGUUUGAAAACAAGUUAAAAGCAGGUACUACUCCGGUUAUUCAAACACUUCACAAGGCUAAAAUCCGACAAGUGAUGUGUACAGGUGACAGUUUACUGACGUCGAUUUCAGUGUCGCGCGAAUGUGGAUUAAUCGAUCCAGAAAAAACGGUUUAUGUGCCAAGGUUUGUUGAGGGUGAGGCACAUGAAGAGUUUGCAAGGAUUAUAUGGGAGGAUGUCGAUAAGAGUGGAAGUGUUCUUGAUGCACGGUCUACUUCUAGACUUCAACAAAGCUGGGCAGAAUCUUUGGAAAUCCAACUCAAUAAUUAUGAGCUUGCCAUUACAGGUGACGUGUUUCAAUGGAUGCUUGAUUUUAGUAACGAUGAGACGUUUGAGAGGAUGCUAGUAAAAUGUCAAGUUUUCUCUCGAAUGUCGCCGGAUCAAAAACACUUUUUAGUGGAAAACCUUCAGCAUCUGGGAUACUGUGUUGGGUUUUGUGGCGAUGGUACCAACGAUUGUGGUGCACUCAAGGCAGCCGAUACGGGACUAUCGCUCUCUGAGGCAGAGGCUUCUGUUGCGGCUCCUUUUACAUCCAAAUCCAGCGAUCUUGAAUGUGUUUUGCGAGUGAUUCGCGAAGGUCGUGCUGCUCUUGUUACUUCCUUUAGCUGCUUUAAAUACAUGGCACUUUAUUCUUUAAUCCAAUUCACGACGGUGUCCCUCCUCUACUCUAUCGGCCAGAACAUUGAGGAUUUUCAAUUCAUGUACAUUGAUCUGAUGCUGAUCAUCCCCAUUGCUGUAUUUAUGGGCCGCACAGGACCUUACUCGAGCAUAGCUAGUAAACGUCCUACAGCGAGUUUGGUCAGCAAAAAGGUACUGACAAGUCUAAUUGGACAAGUUAUUAUUCAAGCUACGUUUCAAUUUUUUGUCUUUUUCUGGGUACGCAGUCAGCCAUGGUAUUAUAAAGGCAAGGCAGAUAUGGAGAAUCAGACAUACUCUAGUUUUGAAAACACAUCGGUAUUUCUAGUGAGUUGUUUUCAGUAUAUUAUUGUUGCUGUGGUGUUUACUGUUGGGCCGCCGUAUCAAGAAACGAUUUGGAAAAAUGUUCCAUAUGUAACAACACUAGCUUUACUGAGCAUACUUACAACAAUUGUCACAAUAUGUCCAACCAACUGGAUGAUUGAACAACUCGGAAUUCUCGUAAUGCCGAUCCAAGCGCGGUGGUUCAUUUUAUUACUUGGAGCACUAAAUCUGGCUGUAUCUCUAGCAUUAGAGCAUGGUAUAUCGCCCCUAAUAUCCCAAAUGGUGGGCCGUUUUAUAGACCAUAUCAGCUACUCAAGCGAUUGCUCAAAUGGAGUAGGGCACGGAUCACGAAUGACGGACCAACUCUUGCGAGUCAAGGUUAGAAAAUGGAAGGAUCGAGGCAAGAUAUUUAAAGUGAUUCUCGAAGACUUUAAAGUGCAUUCUGCCAUUUCAUGA